UGGAUGGGGCCGAUAUAAAGCCGAGAUUUGAGGGGGGUGAUUCUCCAUUCUCCCUCUUCUUUAUUUUACACUCUGCACCUGGGAGAGAAAAGAACGUCCUGCCAUGGAUGACAUUUACAAAGCUGCGGUUGAGCAGCUUACAGAAGAACAGAAAAGUGAGUUCAGAGCGGCGUUUGACAUCUUUGUUCAAGAUGCAGAGGAUGGAUGCAUUAGUACAAAAGAGCUGGGCAAAGUCAUGAGAAUGCUUGGGCAGAACCCCACCCCUGAAGAACUACAGGAGAUGAUCGAUGAAGUAGAUGAGGAUGGCAGUGGCACGGUCGACUUUGAUGAAUUUUUGGUCAUGAUGGUGAGAUGCAUGAAAGAUGACAGCAAGGGGAAAUCAGAAGAGGAGCUUGCAGAACUCUUCCGAAUGUUUGACAAAAAUGCCGAUGGAUACAUUGAUCUAGAAGAACUAAAAGUAAUGUUGGAAGCCACUGGAGAAACCAUUACAGAGGAUGAUAUAGAAGAGCUGAUGAAGGAUGGAGAUAAAAACAAUGAUGGGAAGAUCGACUAUGACGAAUUUCUCGAAUUUAUGAAAGGAGUGGAGUAAGCGGAGAUCCCAAACAGCUGACCACACUGUGCCAUUCACAGCCCCGCGGGAGGACAGUAACAUCGACAGGGGGGGUGGGGGGUAAUAUUGGCCCACCUUACUUACCUAACAGGCUGGACACAACAUCAGCACAUAGCAUGAAGAGCAAACCGCAAGAUGGAUCCUGCACCAAGAUUCAGCCAGGCCUUUAUGUGAAUCUGUUUGUCUUGUGGACAGUUUAAGAUUGCAUGAAGAAAAUGUCAUUCCCUGCACCUAAAACUUUUCUUUUCUUCCUCCCUGAUAUUUUAUUCUUAUGUAGGCAUCAUGUCAGAGAAGAAAAAGCUCCACUUGUUAGCCAGCAGUUUGCCAGCCCAUGUGAAAAGCUUUAUACCUGAAAGGCUGGCAGGGAAACAGCGUGCAAGUAGAGAAUUUAUCCCUGACAUGUGUUUUCGGCGAGCCAUGUUGUAAAUAUGUUGAGCUUGGGUAUAAAAGAAUUGUAGGUGUUGAAGAAUUAAUAAAAUGCAAUGUGUUCUUGA